GGCUCGAAGAUAGUUCGGGGUCGCAGUGCUCUACCAUGCAGCAGGCCAACCGGAGCCGGCCCCCUGGAGCUGAUGGGGACACCAAUGAGGGUAACAACAUGGUUGAUGUCCUGGUGGAUGACAAUAACGCCGAGAAGCCGAACGCUGUCGAGGCAACGUGGGAAUCCAUCCAAGCAGAGUUGGGCAGCCAGCAGGAAGAGAUUGAUGCGCUGGUGGAUCAAUUGCGGGUGCUGCGCAGGGCAAAGAGAGUGAGCGCUAUUCUUCAGCAGCAGGAGACGGUGGAUGAAUUGGCACUGCUGCCGGGUGGUGAGAAGAUUCACAUGUCGUUCUAUGUGUUCGAGCAGUCCAUGUGGGAUGCUGCGUUGCUGUUGUGCUUUCACCACACCAGCUGCCUGGACAAAUUGCUCCUUGGGGCGGGCAUCACAUUGAACUUGGCACUGCAACUGUGCUGCCUCUUGGUGGUGCAGUACGAUAUGCUGGAGAACCCCUUCACGGACGACAAGGUUCAAGAAAUCUUGCGCUGGCGCGUGGUGACAGGUCAUGGUCAAGCAAGCUUUAACGACAAUGACGGUACCAGUCUGGUUGGUCGCCUUUGUGACCGCAAUCUGUGGAGUUAUCAGCAAGACCAGUAUGACGAGAUGUUUGAAUACCUCUACAAGCCAAUGCCCGGUAUCGUCCUGAGCAUGCUUGCGAUUAUUUGCUGGGUACUGACGAUUGCGCUUGAGUACCGCGCUUGUCUGGAGCAAGCACUUGCAGUACUACAUUUACCCACAAUGAAUGCGGCAGAGGAAAUGGCAACUGUUUCAGAAGAUGGUCAAAUCAUCGUCAAGGGGAUUUCGCGAGUCAGUCGUGUCCUUGCCAUUCUCGUCCUCUGCAUCCCGCGCAUUGCCAUCAUGUUAUGGCUAGGGGCGGUGGGAUGCAUUUACCUGGCAGAGACUGUCUCCCUGGCGGACAUCGUCCUGAACGCAGUGGCCUUGAACUUUGUCCUGGAUGUGGACGAACUCGUUGCAAAGGUGCUGUUGACCGAGAAGUUACGCAGUCUCAUUCCCAAGAUCAAUCCGAUCAGUAACGGCCAGACGACGGCUUUGAAAUCCUGGCUAGAUGACAUCUCGCGAUACGUCAUGGUUGUUGGUGCCAUCUUGGUGACGGUCUCCAUGAUCCUUGUCCCUUUUUUCAGCAAUGUGGAGGCGGCGGCCAUGGCGCUCUGCGGAGGCUACCAAGACUUCAGCUUCAGCGGAGGCCUUCAAUCCCAGCCAGGGAUCACCCUGAGACCGAAGAGCUUCGGGACAGAUCUCUUCACACCAGCCUGCUUCGCUGCCAACGAGGAUUUCUACCUGGAGAAGUACUAUGGCCUGAACGCAAGCAAUUCAACUCACAAUAGGAAUUCCAAAGGCGCAGACUUCUAUGAAGAAUUGCAGAAGCGCCAUGUCAUGGACUUCGCCUUGAGCUCUGUGCAGGGGUGUCCAGAAGGACAGAUGUUGGGCCCACCGAUCGAGGGUCAAGACGCCCGCACUUGUGUGG